GUGAUCAGGGAGAUGAGGGGAGGAGAGAGCAGCAUCCCACUAUGGGAAUGAGCAUCUGUUCCUGCACAUCACGGCUCCCCUUUCCUAUAUUCACAUCCCAGGCAGCAUGAGCCAGGAGGGAGACAGCUAGCCCAGGCGCUUGUGCUUAGAGAGGGAUUCUUGGCGAAACCCAUGCACCCCCAGCUUAGAGGAUGGCAUGCUGUACUGGGAGAUGCACCUUAAUUCUACUCUGCACCCUUCAGCUGGUAGCAGCACUUGAGCGUCAAGUUUUUGAUUUCCUUGGCUACCAAUGGGGUCCUAUAUUGGCCAACUUUCUACAUAUCGUUGUCACCAUCCUCGGCUUGUUUGGGACCCUGCAGUACAGACCCCGUUAUGUUAUUGCUUAUGCCAUAUGGGCUGCCAUCUGGGUGACGUGGAACGUUUUCCUUAUCUGUUUUUACUUGGAAGUAGGAGAUUUGAAUAAGGAAAGUGAUCUCCUUACAUUCCACGUGUCCCAGCACCAGUCCUGGUGGAGUGAACAUGGGCCCGGUUGUGUGAGGAAAGAAGCCCCCGUAGCUGGAGUGGUUGGACUGGAGAGUCACUCCUAUGUUUCUGUAAUUGGCUGCACAGUCGAGUACCAGUACAUCGAGGUGAUGCAUAGUGCCCUGCAGAUUCUGCUGGCGCUGCUGGGAUUUGUGUACGCCUGCUAUGUCACUAGUGUCUUCACGGAAGAAGAGGACAGCUUUGAUUUCAUUGGUGGAUUUGACCCAUUCCCUAUGUACCAUGUCAAUGAAAAGUCCAACCAACUGUUAUUCAAGCAGACUUACCUGCCGGCGUAAGUGACCAAUGCCCAAAACAAGAAAGCGGAUUCCUUCUGCCAAAGUCCACGGACCCACAGCAAUAAUUUAUCUUUCCAGCAAGGAAGGGGUUUAAGCACGGGUGAAGAGACGCACCAAGGAUCUGUGCUCACAUCAAGCCCUCGUGCUCCCACCAAAUAUACUUUGUAUCCUCCGGCCUUAGUUCAUAAAGGGUGACCUUUUAAGCCUGGUCCUGCAACGCCUUAACCAGACCCGUUUUUUGCUGAAAUAAAGAUGCUGGGCGCUAGGCCUUUACUGCAGAUGAGUGCGACAUUAAUGUAGGGACAUUAGUAGCAGCAACUGCAGGUGGAGCAGCACAACCUUAUUAUCCGUCUGUGGCUGAAUAGCCCAGUCCCCUACAGACCCACUAGCUGGAGGCAUCUGGGUGAUUCUAUGUGGCCAGAGCACUAGGAUUUGCACAGCUUCUCUGACAUCACACGUGCAAAGUCCUAUAUGUUCUACACCCUGUCGAUAGGAUCCCUGGUCAGUGGUUUAUGGCGACGCUGCAGUGCUAUUGGGGAGGGUGAUGUUUGUCUAUCUAUGUGCAGGGUCUGUGCUUGCCACAGGCAAGUUUUAUCCAUGUAUUUGUUUGAUUUUAUUCUAAAUACAUUUUUAUAGUGUU